UAAACUUUUCCUGGUAGGUUAAACCCUCACCUGAAGCUGAUGUAUUUGGCCAAUACACAUGUGAAGGAAUUAAUAAACAUGGGAGUGAUAGAUCUGUAAUUCAGUUAGUAGAAGCAACUGUUCCGGGGAAAUUACUUCAGGUGAAGUAUGAGAAUAUCACUACUACAACAAUUUCUUUUGAAUUUCUUGGUCCCAAUGAUGAUGGAGGGUUACCCAUAUUGGCAUAUGUUGUUGAAUACAGGAAAGAGAAUGAGCCACAUGAAGAUGCUAAAAUAAAUUAUUGGAUAGCAGGUUCACAUUAUAUCCUGGAAAAUCUACAACCGAGUGCAACGUACAUGAUCAGAUUUGCUGUAAAAAAUGCUGUUGGUCUAGGGAUGUGGACAGAAGAAAAUUUAUGGAAAAUGCCAGCUGAGUCUGCUCCUGCACCUCCGACAAUCAUCUCACCUCCUGAAAAUCUGAGCACUUAUCCAGACAAAAUAGAGAUUCACUGGAAGAUCAAUGAAGACAAUGGGAGACCUAUUGAGCUUUUUCAGCUUCGAUACUUCAAGGUUGACAAAACAGUUGAUGAAGAAAACCAGUGGAAGCAGUUAGGUAGUGACAAAGUCAUUAACAUUGAAAAAGACUGGCAAAAUGGUCAUUAUACAAUAACAGGAUUAGAACCCAAUUCCAACUACAAGGUGGAACUGAGAGCCAAGAAUGAGAUUGGAUUCAGUAAGCAUGAAAUGAUGAUAUUUCAAACUGCUCAAGCUAUAGGAAAGGAUUCUGAUCAGGAAGAAUCUAUGACUCAAGAUGGAAAAGUUCCCACUGCAGUUAUUAUUGCAAUUGUUGUGGUACUCAUUCUACUGAUACUUAUCAUCACUGAUGUGACUUGCUACAAGUGUUACCAUUGUGGUGUGUUUUAUUUCUUGAGAAACAAUACAUGUGGGAGAUCUUCAAAAGACAAAGAAACUAUCAAUGUAGAGAAGGACAGCAAAAAUGACCUUGUUCAGAAGACAAAGGAGAAUCCUGAAAAUCCCAAAGAUGUGGAAGUAGCCAAUGAGAACACACUUAUGAUUGAUCCCAGUAGUAAUAAAGAUGCCACAAGAGAAGAGAAUGACAAAAACAAAGCACUAAAAGGAUUUAACACAAACUUGUCUAAAAAUAGUGAAGUGUAACUGCUCAUC